CAAUGAAUGUGUGAAGUGGAGCAAGUUUUGUUGACUUUGUGAGCCGGCCGCUGUUACUGUCGUGCGUGUGUGUAACUACUUUACGAGUAAGCUUGAUGUUGCUAGCGUCUCUGGCCAUACGUGACAGGUAAUGUGAAUUGUCUUGCAAGAACUUGCACACGCCUUUACGGUAACAGCCAAAUGUUUUGCUGCGUUAUCUUAUCGAAAGCAACUGUGGACUUAACAGAAAAGAACACGGAGCUAGCGAUGAAGUGAGGCAUCAGACACCGGAGUCCAGGGGAUCGACGGAGACAAUCGGCGUUGCGAGGUCGCGGUUGUAUUUAGACGCCAAAUAGAUCCAAACUCUAUCGUGUUGUUUAAGCAGAAGAACCUUGGACUUGACCCCUACGCAUUCGGAAGCAACCGCGCCGGCGCGAGCGGUUCUCUUCGAAAGCCUUGGCCCCUUCGCGGCGGCCGCAACAGAGCCCAGGCGGCCAUGGACGAGACGUUGUUCACGGCGUUCUCGGCGGGCGCCAGCGGCCGCUCGUUCGCCCGCUUGCGCCUCGCGCAGGCCUCCGAUGAGGAUGAGGAGGGCACUUUGGCGACAGGGGCCACGCAAGGACCGUGGCUGAGGAGGUUUGUACGGACGAACUCGCAGAGGAGGCUGGUGCCCCCGCCGACGUCCAGGAGCCAGCUCAUGUUUGGCGGCAGGUGUUCGGUGUGUCGCCUCGCUUUCGGCGAGCUGCAGGGAAUUAGGCUACCGCAUGGGAUGCAGCAGGCGUCGCCGGACCUGCGGUACCAGCUGCGCCUCACCUUCUUUGACCUGGUGUUCCGUAAAUUCUUUGGGUGCACGUGGAUGAGCCAGCCGAAGGCAGCGGCCACCGACGGCGGCAGCCCCGGCAAGUCACACUCCGUGUCCUUCAACGUGCCGGUGUACUUCAACACAUCGCUGUGCCACCCGGCCAUUGUGCUGGUGUUGGAGGUGGUGUGCCUGUCACCGCAGCAGAGGAGCGACCGCGCCAAUCCCAACGUGUCGUGCGGGUGGGGCAUCCUGCGGAUCUUCACGGGCGAACAGGACCCCCGGGGCAGCAAGACACAUGCCUCCUCCGCUGCCAAGCAGCCAAAACGGUUGACUCUGUACCAUGGAACCCCACGGGCCCUCUUGAUACCGGAAUUUGCAGACCCCAUUGAAUCCAACAAGCUGGUGCUGCCCAUCGCCGGUGCCCACUUGGUCUACACGCUGCAGCCGCACGAGCCGCUCGCAAAGGCACAGCAUCUGCUGCCCGAAAACUGCCCUCUCCCCGGCUCCGCGAUAGUCCCCGGCCUGGCAUCGGCUCCGGCUAACUCCGGUGAUGCCCUGUUGAAGCCAAGACUUUUGAAGUCCAGUCCCUGCUUUCUUGACCACAUCACGGUGACUCUGCCUCCGUCGCUGGAGCGAUUUGAAGAAACCUUGCUGAGCCUUCUCAAUCAAGACCGACUCAACACGGACGACCGCAUGCCGGACGGACACACGGUCACCGUGCAGGAGCGAAGGCUGCACAUCGGGGUCCACAACGGCUGGACCUUCGUGCAGGACCCGCAGGUGGCCGUGCUGGUGCCCGAGUGGGACCCGGGCAAGGGCGGCGCGGGCAGUGUCCACAAGCGCUCGGCAUCGCUAACCCGCACAGGAAUCGCAGGCGCGUCCGGCUUGACACUGCGCAGCCAAGUGAGGCUGCCGGAGAUGGUGAACACUCCGGGUUUUGCCAUCGUCUUCCGGCUGGAGUACGUCCUGUCUGCGCCCUUCAACUACGCCGAUGGCAAGACGACGUCCUCGACCGCGUUGGUGCGUUCGUCCGUCUUCAUGCGCACCGUGCGCUGGUCGGCGUGGGAUCCCUCCGCCCAGGCCGCAGACCCCAGCGGGGGGCGUUCCGAUCCCACGUUUGGCCGCGGGCGCGACGUCACGGCGGCGCUGCUCGGGGGACCGCGAGACAACCCGGCGCACGUGCUGGUGUACGCGGACUCGGCGGAGGGAGGCUGCGGCUCCAUCCGUUUCCGAUUCGGGUGGACGGAGGAGGAGGCUCGCCAGCGGGGCGAGCAGCUGCAGGCACAGCGAGCGAGCCACGGGCCGCCCACCGUCACGCCGCACGGUCACGCGGAGUCACGGCACGUGGUCAACCCGGUGUCCACUCCAGAUCACGCGGGCAGCGUCGUGAGAAGGACCAUCGUGGACACGGACGAGGCGUCGCCCGAGCAGCUCCACGGCAGAACCGUGACUCCGGUCGACGCCCUCAUCCUGGCGCCCAGCGGUGGACUCCCCACCAGCUUCUCGUCGACACUGUCACGCGCGGCCUUCGCACGCCUCCACACUGCUGCCAGCUUCCUGGAAAUCCGCGACAUCCACGGCCGCCUCGCUGACAUGGUGGACCCCGGCGACCCCGUUGCCUUUGACCUCAUGCGGGAGGAGGCCGACCCUCUGAAGGGCAACGAGAUCGUGCUGCAGUUCGUGGCCUUCAGCAGAGCGUCAGGAGGCGGUGGCGGGAGACGGGACGGCAGUGUCACCCGUGCGCCCACGUCCGUCUACUUCACGCUGCACUUCUACCGCUUCCCGCCGGUCGCCACGCGAGCUCUGGCCCUCUCGGAGGUGCCUGCUCACGCCCGAUCGGACGAGCCCACCCUCCUGCUGCCUCUGGGCCCCGACGGGGUUCCGCUCAAAGGCUCUCCGGGACUGCAUCUCAGGUACUUGGUGGAUCCGGGCAUCAUGAAGGCCGGGGAGCUGCGCUACUUUUACGACUACCUCGCCAUGCACAGGCUGCACAUCGACGUGUGGGAUGCCCGAUCGCUGCUGCCCAUCGGGACCUGCUCCGUCCCUCUCAAGCACCUGCUGCGGUGCGGGCGCGGAGCGGUGCAGGCGUGGCACCACGCGGACGUCGUCACGACGGACUACGAGCAGCUGCACCCGAGCGGCCCGCAGGCCCUCAGCACAGCCGUCGUCGUCGUGGGGCAGCUACACCUGCGCCUGGGAAACAUCGGCCGCGUGGCAGAUCUGAAGAGGAGGAGGAGGAGGACGGGGGUUGACGCGAUGCCGUCCGCGGAGAAGAGCGCCAGCUUCACGAGCGGCGGCGCCCUUCAGAGGCCCAACGAUCUGGGCUUUUCCCACCGUGUCGCCACGGUGCCGCGUCUCGCCGACACCUACCCGGAGCUGGCCACCAUGCUGCUGUCACGUGCGCCGUCGCCCCUGCUGCUCGCGGAGGGCACCGUCGUGGACCCGGCUCGCGCCCGAAAGCUCCAGCGCCUGGAGGCCGUCCGCCGUGCCGAGGGCGGCCUCGCCAGCGGCGCCAGCGCGUUCGGAGUCCUGAGCCAGCGGGAGGAGCGCGCCCGGCGUCUGCGCGACCUGCGCGUGGUGGAGGCCUACCGCGAGCGGCUCAGGCCCGAGAGCAUUGCCAACGCGCUCGUGCGGGCGCUGACCACGCGGCACGCGCUGCACGCCGCGCCCGGCACCGCCGAGUUCUUCGAGUUCCCGCUGCGCAACCCCCACUCCACCCCCCAGACGGUCGACGUGCAGAGCACCGACCCUGAGCUCAGGGUGAUCGUGGACGUCGAGGAGUGGCGCCACUUCAAGCGGCUGACGCGCAAGACCACGCCGCUGGAGGAGGGGCUGUUCGACGUGGCCGGCGGCGACGAGCUGAGCCCGCAGCUCUUCCUGAGGCCUCGUGAGACGGUGCUCGUGCCCUUCAAGUACCAGAGCUUCGAGGCGGAGCGUGGCGGCGACGCACCGCAGGGUCCCGAGGACCCCAGCAGACCGUGGGUUGCCGCGAUGACUUCCCAGCAGCAGGCGUCCGCACGGCGGGGAAAGGAAAUCAAGGUGUUCUUCCGCACACCGGACGACCUUCCCAUCGCCAUCCUGCAGGUGGACGUGGAGCCCCAACCUCCCCUCGUCAACGAGAUGUUCCGCUUCUGCCAGCCGGAGCUCACCAUCCUCAAAAAGACGAUCCGCUUGCCCGCGUGGCACAGCUUCUCAGGUAGAGCAGAAGGCCGAGCCGAGCAGCAGCUGCACGUGAGAUGCAGCGAUGCCAACAUCUUGUGUAAGACGUCGAACUCGGGCGCGUCGGAGCCGUGCGACAUAUCCGUGAAAGUCUCGGGCAGCCCGUCGCCGCACGUCACCACGUUUUUCAUCAUGAUCUACACGGACCCGUACCACGCGGUACCCGUACAACUGUGGCGCAUGAUGGUGCACUGGGUGCAGCGUGUCGACGUCUCCUGCCAGCUCGGGCAGUCGGCGCGCGCGUCUUUGCCUCUGCGGGGGACUCGCGCCCUGCGCCGGGUCCAGUGCCACGUGGCCCAGCCCGACGCCGUCGUUGAGGUAUCUCCGCGGGACGAGUUCACGCUGCAGCCCGACUCGGUGCACGAGGUCUCUCUCCGCGUGCGCCCGCUCUCCGCCGGUACCCGGAGCCACCUGCUGAGCGCCGUCGACACGGAGUCGCUCGCCAUGCUCAACUGCUGGCUCGUGUGCGUCUCCUGCUCGCCGCCCGUCAUCUCCAGGGAGUUUGAGUUCCGCUUGCCGGCAGACGGUGUCAAGGGAUCCAGCAAGCGCAUCAAGUACACCAAUCCCUACUUGGAGGCCCGCAAGCUAGAGCUGCAGGCCAGCCGGCCCGACCUCGUGGUCUUCAAGGAGGACAUCUUCGAGGUUGCCGCGCGAGGGGAGUACAGCAUCGGCCUGCGCUUUGUGCUGGGCGCGGCGCGGGGAACGGAGUCCAUCCUCAUCUUCAUCAACAACGCGGAGGGGGACAACGAGGAGACGCUGUGCGUGCGAGUCACCUACGACUGAUGGACGGCUCCAUCCCGAGCUCUCCCGGAUGGGCAUGCAACGACGCAUCGAUGCGUUGACUGACACUUUUUUUCAUUGCGACUCUAUAAAACUAUUUUAAUUUGACCAGGUAGGGCCCACUGAGCUAUAUAGCUCUUUUUCAGAAGUGACCUGGCCACAAAUGGGUCGAGAGACAUGCAAAUUGCAAAUAUAUACGGGCGUCAGGGUUGGGAUCAAACCCACGACCUCCUGUAUACCAGGCGAGGUAGUUAACAUCUCAUCACGGGGAGAGAGAGAGACACGCAAACUCCAAAUAUACAGCAGGCAUUGUCAGGUUCAGGAGCAAACCCACGACCUCCUGUAUACCAGGCGAGGUAGUUAACGUCUCACCAUGGUGAGAGAGAGAGACACGCAAACUCCAAAUAUACUGCAGCCAUCGUCAGGGUUGGGAUCAAAUUCACAACCUCCUGUAUACCAGGUGAGGUUGUUAACAUCUCACCACGGGGAGAGAGAGAGAGACACGCAAACUCCAAACAUACAGCAGGCAUUGUCUCAGGGUUCGGAUCACACCCACGACCGCCUGUAGAUCCGGGCGAGGUAGUUAACGUCUCGCCUUUGCGGGCCACACUUGUGCCUCACAGCAAGAAGGGCCUGGGUGUUCGAUUCCUGACUCAAGCACCUGACUUCCGUGUGGAGUUUGUAUUUUCUCUCCCUAUUCUGCAACAGUUUACUCUGGGUUCUCCGGUUUCCCUCCCAUAGUUAAAUAACACGAAGUGUAUAUAUAACUGGUAUUGGCCAAACAUCCCAAUGAUGAAAAAUUACCUGCAAACUACUCAAUUUGGAUUACAUGCAGCAGCAGCAGCGACAUCGCCCCCGACUUUGAAAAGUCUUUGAGACUCAAUGUGCAUUUCCUGGGUAAACAAGCGUAGUAGUAAGUAUAAUGAAACUAUUAAUGCUGUUUGUCUUUCUGAUCAUUGCAAACCGAUGGUCAGGGGUCGGGCAAUCAAAAUAACAAGAGACAAUUUUUUUUUCGUUUUCAAGAGCGACAAUGCACUGUGAAUACGAAACGGUCCUGAAUAAAUAACGGUCGCGGACAGCCUGUCCGCCUGAUGAUGCAAGUUGUAAUAACUGGCGAAACGCCGUUCUCAGAUUGUAAAUGUUGUGGAUUUGCUCUCCAACACACCGGUGUGCUGUACUAGUAACGAAUUGGCCACGUUCUCUUUACGUGGCAAACCAAAUUGGCUGUGUCGGCUGGUGGCGGGUUUAACGACACACAUUUAUGCGGUCUAACCCGAAAAACCCCCGAUAUUACGGAUGAUAUUGGUCACGAAAGCCUCCUGCCACGUGUUAAACUACCUUAAAGAGCCGCAUGCGGCUCCCGGAGCCGCAGGUCGCCGACCUCUGCCUGUGAUGGAGGGGAUCAGAGGUCGAACUCGUAUCGGAUGGACCAAGAUUAAACGGCCAGGGGCACGAGUAACGUGGGUCGCUUGCGUGUGUUUGCGGGUCGUGCCUUUCGAUGUCACGAAAGCCGUCGCGACCUCCGCCCUCGGUCCUCUUGUGCGCAGUGCCGCACCGCUUAAAGGGACGCACGCGCCCCCAACACCGCCACGCACAUCCCGAGGUCACGUCCGUGAUGGAGAGCGACUGCAAGGGGAAACCCCAACGCCGACGCUCUUUCGAUUUCGUCGUUCCGCGCCCAAACUCUCCGUUAGGCAGCAGGCAAACCGCUAAGGUCCUGUCAUGUCAUCGCAACGUUUGCCCGCUGUGUAAUAUUCUUUUUUUCGUGUGGGAGGCUCGCAAUGAGUGGCACGAAAUGCGCAGGAGCGAGUCACACCUGCUGCUGCUGUCAUUUAAUUUGUCUGUUUUCUCUCUUCUGUAACCACGCUUAUUUGACCCGCGGCAUGCCCUCCCCGGGUAUGCUAGCCAAUUAAAAUGCCCAUUAAAAAUGUGCUUUUAAUUGGGUGGAGAGAAGCGACAAUCGCGGCGCAAACAUUGAGCACAAAAAAGACGAAGAUCCCAACUCGCCCGCCCCUUUAGCAGAAUCCUGGGCCAGGAGGAGUUAGCGAGCACCUGUUGGAAGGCCGCCGUGGCGCGCGACAAGGUGGUGUCACCAUGCCCACGCCCGGUCGCCUUUGUCUCCCUCCCCCCCCAGUGCUGAUGUUUACACACCAUGCCAGGUAAUAAUUUAAGGCAACCUCAGGGGAGACCCGGGACUGGCCUGCAUAUUACUCAGCCGAUAUUAGCCAUGGGUGCAAAUCGCUCAGGUCGCCGGUUUCGUAGUACAGUGCGCUAACCACUAAGCCACCGCUUCCCACAACCGGCAUGAACACAAAUGUAUACAUAGACACAUAUACACACACAUACACAAAACAAAGAUCCCCCAUAUAUUCUUAGGUUUUUUCGGUAAAGUCACGUAGGUAAAAACAUUAAAAAGUAAAAUAAAAUAAAAAUCACGUCGUUUCGGAGGCAACACAAGCUUCCGUCUUCAGGUGGUACCGUCACAGCCACGACAGCUGUAUCAAGUAAAUGAGAGAUUUCAGGAGCUACCACUCCGUUUAUAUAAUGGUUGGAGAAGGUGGUGGGGCAAGGGCCGCAUACUUAUUAAUAUGGAAAGGUGAGGCUUAAGACUAAGAAUAGACUGCAUAACAAAGGCUGAGCCUUUGUUAUGGAGAGGUGCGGUUUGUGACUCAACCUGUGACAGGGAGACCACCACUAAACAUGGUAAAACUGUAAUGGUUGUCUGUCAAAUAAGAUUGGCAAAUAAGUGUAGUUAAAUCUUUUUUGCAUGGUUAAUCACAUCUUUCCAAUGAUUACUCAGUUUGUAACCGUCAUUGGAAUGAUUACUCAGUUUGUAACCGUCAUUGGAAUGAUUACUCAGUUUGUAACCGUCACCCACUCGUGUGCCGUGCCUGCCUCCAGAGGUGCUCGCAAACAGCACUUGCCCCAAGAGUCUGUUACGGCUGUAGGGGGGAUGUUUGUGGGAAGUGGUGGUGCGAGUUCGAUUCCCGCUCACGGCCAACACCAGUGAUGAAUAUCUGAACUGGUCCUGGGCCUCCCGUAGGUCGACUCAGCCUUAAAUGAGUACCUGGUGUGGUGUGUAAACAUCGCCACUGGGGAGACAAAGGCGGUCCGGCAUGGUGCUGGUCAGCCAACACCCCCUCUUGUACUGUCCCGCCCUUAAUAGGUGCUCGCUAACAGCAUCGCCCUGACAAUCUGUUAAGGCUAUACGGGGAGUAUUUGUCGUUGUGCUCACGCUCUCAGCCAACACUCCAAUUUGCCACGGUCAUUUAAAACAUCCAAUUUCAUUUAAACGUGAGAAAACAACCUUUAAAAGUGCCACGAAGCGCACAUUAAAUCGCGAGCGUGCCGUUGCACUCGAUAAAUUAUUGGAAUUUUACAAACGCGUAAUUAUUUUGAGCAAAUUGCAUUUUUACGUUAUUGUAGAUAAACACACAUGGUGCCUUGUUUGUAUUUUUGCCGAACUUAAUGUCCAGAAAUUUCAAACAAGAGUUUGGCGGAAACAUUGCGAAGAGCGAACGUGCGCGUGGUGGUGGUGGUGGAGCGGCCGCGACGUUUUAUUUGAUGUCUGUGCAGCGGUCACGAGAUUAUCCCAGUGAGGCAGCGUGGCCUUGGGCACAGCCCAGAGCCCGGUUCGUGGUGACUUCGCAGCCUUCUCAUUAUUGACACCUCCGUCUUGUGUGUACGUGUGCACGUGUUGAACAGUUUGUGUUUUAUGUUAGCGGGUAAGGCCCACUGAGCUAUGUAUUUAGCUCUUUUUCAGAAGUGACCUGGCUGACACAAAUGAUAGCCCAAUGAAGUGGCUUAUCAUGUGGAAAUGUAUAGCAGCCAAAUACUAUUCAACAGCAUGGUGAAGUUUGGUCAGACAAACCCCCAUGGUGACAAGGCACGGGGAAGCCUCCACUCGGCAAUGCAUAGACAAGGGGCUGUCCAUGAUUAAAUGAUGGCCGGUGGUCGAGACUAACGACGGAGUGACAGCUAAAGGAGUGAACACUUUCGACGAGAGGCAGAUGGAGCGAUGAAAUCGGCUCGUGUGCCGUCACUCGGUGGAUCGUUGAGUCACGAGGCCGUGGGAGAUGUACGUCCGUCGAACUUCUUUCACACCGGGCGUUUCCAACCGUGCCAAGCGGCGGUGCGGGGGGGAGAAGAACGACGAAACUCGACAAACUCGAGAAAGCAGCGCAAGAGAAGGAGCGGGAGCCCCUUCCGACCUACGGUUGUGGUGGAGCAGUGGUGCGGUGGUUAUCGCGCUGUGCUGCGAACCCGGCCACCCGAGUUUGAUUCAUUUGUCUACGGCUAACAUCACUCAUGAGCGAUAUCAGACGCGGUCCUGGAACAGCCCCCUUCAGCAUGCAACUGACCAGCGUGGUGAAGUAUGAUUAAACAAACAACAACAAACUCAUGACAUAGAACAACAGGAAGGCUUCCGUCCGUCGGUGGAUUCAGAAUGGCUGGAAGGAUUUUUAUUUAUAUUGCUACCCACAAAUGUGUGUAACAGUGUUGCGUGAAAUGUAACUCGAUUCAGUUACUUUUGACAAACGUGAUGUAAUGUGGCUCAUUUGAAGAGCAACAGGGUUCCCAUGUUUAAGGGUUCAUAAGUUCACAUCCCAGCCGUGGUGCUUUCAGCAUCAACAUAGUCCGAUGCUGGGUAAAUGAGGGCCACUCGGUGAGCCUACCACUGCACUGGAGUGCACAAUACUGUCUGGAUGAGAAGCAGUGUGACGGUCAAUCGUUAGCCGUAGCCUUAUCCCAGAGGUCGCAAACGGGUUUUGAUUCCUUACCCGUACUCGUACCUGGCCGCACCGUACCCGUACCCUACCCGAUACCCGGCUACCCGUACCCGGCCGGGUAUCGGGUAGGGUACGGGUACCCGAUUGCGACCUCUGGGAUGAAGCCAUGUUGCAGGCGCGGGUGGGUUGAUUCUAGGAACUUGAAUUGUGAGAAGAGAAAAGACGUUGGGAAAUGAGUAACAAACGGUUACUCACCAGUGACUCACGGCCUACCCGUACCCGGCCGCACCAGGGUCGCAAACGGGUACCCGGGUAUCGGGUAGGGUACGGGUAUCGGGUACCCGAUUGCGACCUCUGCCUUAUCCUCAGCUCCAAACCCUAUUCAUUCCCAUCGUCCACAUCCGUGGUUAUGGUGCGCCUAUUAACUCGCUCAUUAUGGUGUUCAGUGUCCUUAGGGAACUGAUCGUAAUCCAAUCGUGAGUUUAACUUUUCGUAAAAGAUGUGAAUAUGCUUAUGCCUCAAAAGGACAGUGAUAUUUAGAAAUCUACCUAUUUUCAAUGAGAAAACGUGUGCGUUUGUGUCAUUCCUUCACGUGAAGUCGUGGUCACUAAAGCAAAGUUUGAGGGGAAUAAUAUCCAUUUUUUAUACUUGAGGCAUAAGCAAUUAGAAAAUAACACUUACUACCCAGGAACAAAUAUCGUGUUACAUAGCGUAAUGUUUUUUCUCUCUCUCUCUUUGUGUGUGGGAGUGACCGGAGGGAACGCACAACUGAAAGAUAAAAAUUAAAUAGAAGAGAAUGAAGGAAUAGUGUAUCUGUUCUAAAGCUACUUGAUGUACUGCUUUAUAUAACGCCAACAGGUUGGGUAUAUCACAUACAGCAUGGUUCCAUCUUCACCUGAUCCACCAACCCUGGGCUCCAAUAUCCAGCAGCACAGGCCUGCAUUAUGACCACCGCAAUGCUACAAAUGCCAAUUGUGCCUGUUGCAAGAUAUGACAUAUAUUAGAUGUUUUAAAUCGUUUUUGAGCAUACAAAUGAUUAUGGGGUUUUUUUUGCUUGUGUGUGCAAGUUUUAUAUUUUUUUGUGUUUUUAGAUUUUUAAAAAUGUCUCCGUUGCCCAAAAGAGAUUUGUCGCAAUAGCCUCUCUGGUCUGAUUACAAAUAUAUUGAUCGUAAUCCACUUGCGUGAGCUUUGAUUUACUUCUGGCAUCGACAAAUUCACUCUCACGUGCACACAUUUGUGUGCGUGCGAUCGAACAAUACGACAGAGGAGUGUACGUUAAAGGAAGUUAUCGUAAUCAAUUUCGACGACAGCCUCGGCCUGAUUUUGUGCUCUCCGUAACUCGUCGGUGAGCUUUUGGUUCACGCAAUGUAGGCACGUGUGUGAUGCUGCGUGGACGUCGUGAACAAGAACAAACUCUCUGUUGAGUUACACGUAUGCAGAACAGAGAUUUCAAAUGAAGCUUUAAUGACUAAUCGUUGCCUACCUAUCCACCCUCAUCUCACUCUACUCCCCUCCACACACUCUCCUACCUCUCCCCCUCUCAUCUCACUCGUUUGGUGCCAACGUGAUGCUUUAAAAGAAUCGAUUACGAGGGGCACCGAUCAAAUGUCUCGCAUCCACGAACACAGGGAGCCUAUUGAUGAUGAGUACAUGCGCACCUAGAUCAUUGCACUACAAUAUCGGCGCGAAUACCAAAAAAUAUACUUGUGAUUUGGCAGGACCUUUCUUAAAAAGAGUCGUGAGACUCCUUGGUAAAUAAGAAAACUUAAAAAAUCUAUUCAUAAUCAACGUUUUUGGGUUAGAUCGCGUUAGCGUUAUCGGGCAAUUCGCCAGAAUGGUGGCGAAUUGCCCGAUGAUGCUGGAUGCAAUUACCAGCGGAACGUCGUAUUGAAAAAUUGUAAAUGUCGUGGUUUCACGCUUCAACACACCGGUGGGCUAAAGCAGUGAACUAUUUGUCUUUUGUCAACGUGACACUUUUUUGCUGAUUGGCCGUGUCGGGUGGUGGAGGGUUACAACAAAUUUAUAAAUAACGCGAUCUAAACCCAAAAACGUUGAUUAUGAAUAAUAUUGGUCGCGAAAGCCUACGUGUUAAACUUUUAAAAAAAUCUAGUCUAAUACGGCAGAGUGCCACCCGCUUGUAUACAGCAGCGCGGUGCUGAGUUCUCUCCAGAUUCACACAUGAAGCCACCUCUCGAUAUUCUCAAUCCGCCCACCAAUGGAUGAAGGUUUUCCCCCUCAUCAUCUCGAUUGUUCAAGGGGGUGUUGUUUUGUUUUACCAUU